CACACACUCGGAUACUUACCAGUCCCAGGCAAACUCCUGCUGUGAGCUGCUCUGCUGUCCCCGCUGCUCCGCUGGUUCGCUGCCGCUCAGCUGGUUCGCGAGGCUCGCGAGGAGUGCUAGGCUGGGUAAAUUUGGCUCACAGAUGGCUCGAUGGCAGCAUAAGACCUACCUGUUCAUCCACUUCCUAUAGCAAAUGUUAUUGACAGCACCUAUUACAGCCUAAGAGCCCUGUGCCAAAAGCUGGAAGAGGGAGACUGUACCCUGCCCCUCUGGACUUCUCAGCUCUCCCCAAAGCAUCACUUGGAAAGUAUUUUCAGCCUUUGCCUUCCUACCACCAAAGGUAUAUGAGAAUUAAACCAUCAGCCCCAGCAGAGCUGGAAUGGCUUGGCUGGGGUUGGAUUUGGCUUUGUGCUCAGAUCCUAGAGCAAGGCCCCAGUGGUUAAGUAAUCCACACUCUGCGGUGGUAUGUUAGGGACAGUUUAAUGCCUCUCAGCUUAUGGUUAACUAUAGCAUGUUUAGACAGCACAGAACUUUUUCUAUGGGCCUGGAUCCCUAUUCCGCCACUGCAGUGGGAGUAGCUCCCCUGGAGAUACUUCAAUAUCCUCUAGCAACUUUGCUGGGAGUAUAUGGAGUCUCUCAGUACCAACUUUCCUGGUGGGAGAAAGUGUCUUUGCCAUUGAAUAACACUGAGCUCUUGGGAAUCUCCUUUAGGGCCAGGCUCCAGUACUGUAUGUAGCACUAACUACUCCAGAAAAACAACUGGAUUCUAGAACAAGAAAAAUGUGAAUGUUGGGAGGGGACAUUUCAUGGUAGCAAAAAAGGGUUAAUGGAGACAUUAAAGGAGACGGGGAGUGGAUGAUAGGGGGCUGUCAUCCCUCACCGGUGCAGUAAAGCAGCCCCAGGCUCAGAAGCAGCAAGGGUCAAGGGUGUGUCCUGCUGGAAGCCAGGCUGUGGCAUAGUGAUUGCUGGUUUGUUUACAUAUUUUUUUUCCCCUAGGUAUAAGGUCCUAUACAUGCAAUUCCCUGGUUUAGUGACCGCUUCAGAAGGACGUAGUUGGUCAAUCAGGGCAUGGCUUUGGAGACUAAGCGUCAAACCCUCCAUUGAUGUUAACCCAUGUCACCCCACGACUGGCACCUGACAGCCCCACUGUUUCUGGGCUUAGAGCAGGCAAGACUAGCUGGGCCACAAAGGUUGAACUCCUCUCUCACUCCAGCUCUGGGGCAAAGUGCACUGGCAGCAUGGGCCUUGUCUGCACAACCCUUGCUUUUCCCAUCCUGUUGGUAAUCAGAGGAUCUUCUGAUGGUUCUCUCUGUCAUGGAUGUGCACGGCUCUACCCAGGCAAAGAAGAUAUCCUCAUCCGUGGGUGUCAAGUCAGCACCAUCCCCAGCCCUACAUUCCCACGUAAGAAGAAAAGACUUGUUCCCAGCCAGGAGGUCAGAUCACCACAUGGGAGUUACGUGAAACUUCCUGCAUCGUGCUGUCCUGCUGUCAAAAUGCUCUCAAGUUGCCCUCCUAGUGCCUAAGAUAUACUCUACCAGCUGGGUGCACCGCUCCAUAGCAGGAACACGGGGAUCAUAUGUGCAUCUACAUCGAACAACCAGACACAUUCUGAAAACUCCUGAGUCACACACAGAAAGCUGAGCCUCGAGACGUCUGCAUGUUAAAGAGAGAAAAGGAGCAGGCACCGCAGGUUGGCGCCAGGGGCGUUAGCUCAUAAAUCACUCUGCCUGCAUAAUUCCUAAGGAUCAUUCUACGGGGCUCAUGCCUCUUGGUGUCCAGACCCUAUGGUAAUGCCAAGUGCUGGCCAUCAUUGUAUUUCCCUGUGCAUGGUAGAUUCAGCGGGAUUAAAAAUGGCCCAGCCUGAAUUGCAUUCAUUUACAAGAAGUAAGCAUAUUGAGAAAUGCAAAAUCAAAAUGGAGAAUUUGAACACCUUUGUGCUACUCAAUGGGGAGGGAUUCAGUAAAGGAAGCUCCACCUACUGUUGGUGACUGCAAAAAGCAAGCACAUCAUUGUAGGAAAAAAAGAAUGCCAAGGGGGAGACAUGCUAGUUAGUUUUCUCCUGCACGAAACUUGCAGCAAUGGGAGACUGCAUAGCAUCGGAUGUUCCAGGGAAACAGUAGUAUCGCAUGCUUCUGAAUUUCCUUGUGCAGACAACUCCCCGUGCAAAGAACGUUCUUGCAAAGAACGGAUCUGAUGUUUUCUGCUGUACCAAGCGCUUUCGGCAAGAGCCAAUGACAAAGGGGCUGUGCCUAUCCUAACAAAUUGGGGCCUGUGAUUCACUCCUGUUGCAGCUCUGACAGCAGAAGUGGCAAUGUAGAAUAGUGCUUCCAUGGUUGCUGCUGCUAGUGCAGCUGCCACUGGUGGGGAGUUACAGGCCUGGAAUUUUCUUCUGGAGACAAGAUCAAAGCCAGAGCUGGCUGGCGGCCUCUGUUCACCUCCAGUCGGUGCUGAGCCUGGGACGUAGGCCAAGGGCAUAGGCAAUGCACUUUUCCCUAUUGUGGGGCUCCCCAGGGCGAGUUCAGGCCCUGGCACAGAUUAGAGCAGCUCUGAGGGUUGCCUUAACUUGCACCCUAGCUGCAAUGGCCCCUAUCGGCUGGUGAACUGCCUGGAAGCAGUUGGAAUGCCCUGGCCAUGCCCCCUGCACCAAGGGCUCCUACAGCAGGGUGGCAUAGCACCUGGAGGGCACUGACCCCUGCCAUAAACUGCUGGGAGGCUUCCAGCUCCUUAGCUGCUCCUUUACACCACUGAGCUAGCGCAAAGGCAUCACAGGGCAAGAGACACCACCUCCCAUUCACCCCAAAUUUUGUUUCAGCUGCUGCCUCUGUCCCUGGUAGUGGGUUAGGGAUGUAGGGCCUCACCACUUGUGGGUGCUGGUUUGCUGUGUGCGUGACUUAAGACCAGCAAGCGGGCAGCUCUUGCACAACCUAUCCCCGACUCUUGGGCGUGACUUCCUUUUGGUGUGAUUUCCAGCUCCAGCUAGCAAGGUGCUGUCUCCAUCUAGCCCAGCCCUGGCACUUUUUUUCCCCAGCUGAGUCUGGAUUUUUCCAUCCACUCUUUCCCCCAAAUGGCUGAGCCAUGGAUCAUUCAUAUAUUUUCAGCCCAGCUCUACGAGAGAGAUAAAAUUAGCCCUUUUAAUCUCCAGAGAAGCAGCCACUGCAGUUCACACUGGGACAAGACACCAGCGUCAGCCGGUGUUUAGAUAACCUAGAAAAGCAGGAGGUCAUCCAUUCCUCAUCCCUCUCCCUCCAGACAAGUAUCUUGCUUAGCACUGUGCAUCAGGCUUGCAUUUUAUUAAUAACUAAAGCAACCUAGAACUGCCCCCACAUUAAGUAAAGGCUGGGAAAUGAAUUUCACUGUCACCCUCUGAGAGAAUAAGAUUUUGAUUAUGUUCUGGCACAGCAUGGAGAGCUUUGGUCAGCUAGGCUGCUGGCAGGGCUGCAGCCUCACAUUUUAAAGGGACACAGGCAAGGCGGAACGGGGGGAGUAGAGUGUCCUUUUCUCUUGCCUCUCUGUUUGCAAGAGCAGUCUGUACAGUUUGGCCUGUUUUCUUUUCUAAAACAGGGAUUUAUUUUAAACAAACAUUGAAAUACUUAAGCGGUAGCAGCUGUGUGCACAUAAUGACACCCCAAGAAGCAAGCAGAGUGCAUGGUGCAGCAAUAUCAAGCCACCCUACAGUAACCACACACAAGUAAUCCUCUGAGAGUAAACCAGUAUACACCGUUCUCUUCCGUUGAACAGCCCGACAUUACUAGAGCAAUGUCUACAGCCCGGCAUUCAUGAGCAACCCUACAAUAACAAAAAUGAAAUGCCCAGUAGCCUGCGACAAAUCUGCCUGCCCUCUUUGCACAAGUCCCUCUAUGUUAAUAAGCUAGUGUGUGGAUUCCCGUGUUAACAUACAACCCUACGAUAACAGACUAGCCUUCGUGUGGAGGUGGAGGAAUGCAAACAGUGGUAAGGAAGCAAGGGAGAGGGGUUCCAACAAAGGAAAGAGAGUUGAAAACCUCAUUUUAAAGACUAAAAGAAAUGUCUCAAUCAAGCACAUUGUGCCUGAGACUUGUUUCUGUGGCAUACAUCCAGUUAGGACGUACCAGACAAAUGUUAAAGGGAUAGUGUGUACCAAGGAUGCACAAAAUACCAUUCUAGGAACCUCCUACUUCAGCAACGCAAGGUGCCAAGAGAGAAUCUCUGACUAAUCUCGGCUGCAGCCUUGAGCCGGCCAAGGGUAAUACAAUCUUUGUGCCCAUAAUUAGUUCUUCUUAGCAUAGUUUUAAUAUGAGAAGGGGCUAAUGUCCCCUUAGAGCACUUGGCUUUUUAAGUACCUGAGUAAUUGCCUCUGGUGCUCUGUAGCCCAUUCAGCUAAGGUGAUCAGCCCUGCUAGCAGUCCCAGAGACCUUGCAAAGGCUAAAACCUCGGACUAUUUCACGGGCUUCUAUCCAAUCAACCUCAGAGUACUUGUCUUAAUGGUACCAGAGCUGCAAAGGGACAUCACCUGGCAUAACAAAAAUGAAGUCUCUUCAGUUAAAGCAUGCAUUAUAAAUAUAUAUGACAUCCAAGAAGAGUGGGGUUUAUGGGUGAGAGGUAUGGGCAGGGGCUAGGGCUUGGAGGCCAGGUAUCCCUGAGUUCUCAGCCUGGCUCUAUCACUGAUACCCUCUGUGGCCUUGGACCGGUCACUUGCACUUCUCUACCUGUUGUGUAAAAUAGGAGCUAAUGAUACUGACUUCCUGGGGGGUGAGGCUUGGACUUGUGGUUAACAUAUUGGCCUACGGUCAGUUCCCUGCUCUGCCCCAGGCUUCCUGUGUGGCCAUGGGCAUCUCACUCCACCUUCCUCUACGUCAGUUCCCCAUCUGUAAAGUGGGACUAACUCAUCUUCCUUUGUCUACAUUGCAAGCUCCUAGGGACAGACUUGUCUCGCAUGAAAACAAAAAAUCUCACUUUUGUCAUGAGUGUCUCCUCGAUCUUUUGAGUUCUCUAAAGUUCCUAAUCCCACAAAGAUUCCUUUUCAUGGCGGGGAGCUGAUAUGGGGAUUAUUUGGAAGGUGUCUGAGUUUCGCUUUAACUAUUUGUGGGUGAUUUUUCAGUUAUGUUUGAAGUGAUUCAAGCCAAGGGACAUCCCAUCAUUUCCUCAUCUCUGGGGGGGACUGUUCCCACAGUCUCAUCAAAGGAAGUUUUUCCUGAUGUUCUCCUUUCACUUAUUCAUGCCUGUGAUGUUCACUGAUCACUCAGUGCUUGCAAGAGCUCUUCUGUAUUCUAUGUCUGGUUCCAAGUUUAGCUGUGCAUAACAAAAGCUUCAAAGCAAGCCAGCGAGACUCUCUGCCUGGGAAGCUCAGCCCAUAAAGGCACAGACUUUCUCCAUUCUCCUCUACCCCCCCCCCCCCGUAGUCCUCCCUUCCUCUCUAUCACACACCACCACCACCCUUCUCUCUAUCCACAGUCUCUGGUGUAAAUGUGUUCUGCCUUCAUGUUUUGCUAGGUGGAAAAUUCCUUGCAGCGCUGCACAGCUAAUCUCAUUGCCUCUGCUUUGCCUGUUAAAUUCGCUCCCUGGCCAUGGGAUAGCUUAGCUAGCAGAGACCGGGGAGGAACCGUUACUAUCUUCCGCAACUCUCUCUCGUGAAUUAGUACCAAAAACGGGUAUCUGUGAGUAUGGCUACAACUGAUUUCACCUCUCAGCCAGAUCUUUCCUUCGGUGAAACAUUUCAGUGCAUUGUAACGAGCGGAUGCAUCUGAGACCCUUUCCACUCUCCAUCCUAAGGGUCAGGAAGAAAUGCACUCCCUCUGGCCCCUUUCCAAAAGAGCAGCUUCUAGGCUGUUAAUAACUCUAUCCCUUCUGAAAGGAACUUUUUUCUCAGCAGGCUUUUCUAGGGCUGGCCCUUUAAAUGUGGCCCAGUCACACAGCUGCAGCCCUCAGGGGCCAUUUUACAGAGGCUGCUGCUUGCUACAUUUCCUGCUUUCUUAGCUGAGACGUUCUCUAUAGCGCGCUGAGAAGCCAGAAGACCUAUUUGUGGUAAAGCAGCAAAGAUCUAGGCUCCCCUGGGACUGAUAAACCCAAGCCCAUCUUCUGGUUGCUUCCCCGCAACAGACCUCGGUUCACUGCUACUAAAAAAAAGAGGACACUUCCGUCAAGGAGCGUGUUUCGCCUUGGCCCAAGUACGAGUUGGCCCACGGGUCUCCGGAUAGUAUGGUGGUGCAGAAUAAACUGGACACGGGGGACCCCAGGAAAGCGGUCCUUUUGGAGCCAUUCAUCCAUCAGGUUGGGGGCCACAUGAGCAUGAUGAAAUAUGAUGAGCACACUGUCUGCAAACCCCUCAUCUCCCAGGAACAGUGGUUCUAUGAGUCGCUCCCCACAGCCAUUAAGCAGUUCACGCCUCAGUACAAAGGUAUCAUCUCUGUGUGCCUCAGAAAGGACAGCUUGGGCAACCUAGGCCUGAUAGCCAGCCCCAGCCUGCCGACCGAAAACUGCAGUUCCUUGGAUAAGGAGCAUUCGGUGAUGCUAUGGCAGGAGAUCAAGCGGACAUCAACCACGAGCAGUGAGCGCUUGUUUGUCAAAUGGAGACAGACACCUUUCACAAAGACCAUCAAAGACAGCUGCCCAGGGAAGGCACUCUUUAGGACAGAACUUCAGUACCGCACGGCCGUCUCUUCGCUCAUGGAGGAUACAAAUGGGAACCAGCCAGAAAGAAAGAGCUAUAAUCCCUGGGCACUGCGCUGCCACCAACUGCACCUGAACCGCAUGUCCUCCAAACUUGAUGAGAACAAACUACAUGAGUUUCUGUUGCUUGAAAACGUGGUGUCAAAGUAUCAAUAUCCCUGCAUUCUGGAUUUAAAGAUGGGAACCAGGCAGCAUGGAGAUGAUGCAUCAGAAGAGAAGAAAGCACGCCACAUAAAGAAGUGUGAACAGAGCACUUCUGGAUCUCUUGGAGUUCGCAUCUGCGGAAUGCAGGUUUACCAAGCAGAUACUGGCCAAUUUCUCUGCAAAGACAAGUAUUAUGGAAGGAAACUAUCGCCUGAUGGCUUCAGACAAGCCCUCUAUCAGUUCCUUCACAAUGGUAACCGUCUCAGAACAGACGUUUUAGAACCCAUUGUGUCACAGCUAAAGGCUCUGCUUUCAGUCAUCAAAAACCAGAGCUCCUAUCGAUUCUACUCCAGCUCCCUUCUCAUCAUCUAUGAUGGACAGGAACCAAAGGAGAAUAAAGAAACCUUAGACAACCAUCCUCAGGGGUGUUUUCAGAACAUAAACCACACCAUGCCACAUGGGACUGGUCACCCCAAAGUUGACGUCCGCAUGAUAGAUUUUGCUCACACCAUUUAUAAAGGUUCAAAGUAUAAUCAUACCGUCUAUGAUGGGCCAGACCAUGGCUAUAUUUUCGGGCUAGAAAAUCUUGUCAAAAUUCUUGAGAAUACCAGAGAAGGAGAAUGACAAAUGCUGUGACAGAGCAUGGACUUUGUGGUGAUAGAUAUCCCAGGAAGGGACUGCCUUUGCAUGGGGCCCCUCCCGGCUUUUGAACAUCCUGUGUACUGUUUGGAAUGAGAGCAUUGAUGCCUUGCUAGGAAAGCGCAGAAGAUGCUACAUGCCAUUACCGAAUCGAACUGUAAAAGCAAAGGAUUGAAAAGAAUCCAUCGUGUCUGUGAUCUCGCUGAAGAUUUAUUUUCCUUUCUUCUUUUACUGCUGUCCUUGAUUUGUUUGCGAGCAAGAGGAAAGCAUUACUUGAAAGAAUCUUAAAAUUAACAUAGGGCCUGCUCACCUCCAUAUCACCUGCAAAGCCAAGAACGCUAAGCAAAGACUAUGCAGUUGAAAGACUAUUAAGAGGUGCUGGCAGGUCUUAACAAGUUGCAGCAUUACUUUCAACCCAGGCUCAACAUGAUGGGCCAAGGACAUUCAAUGACACAAACAGAAGACAAUUGCACUUUCCGAUCUUCACGCUCCAAACACCUGGCACUUUUAAGACUGUGAUAAUAUAUGAAGCCCUCUAUACAGUGUGUGUGUGUGUGUGUGUGUAUAUAUAUGUAUAUGUGGUGCUAUAUAAGAGGUGCUAUGUUUAAGAGGUCCUUGGUGUAAGGAAUUUAUAGUCCCAAGGCAUGAGUGAGGAUGCUACAAAGCACAAACAGAAUCGUACAAGUACUUAAUAUGCCUGGAAAAAUAAAGGGGCAGACUAAGGAGUUUUCUGAAGGAGGGGAUGGAAAGGAGCCAGAUAUAUCAGAGAGUGCUGAGUCUGUCUGAUACUGAUGUCAAGAGUGCCAAUUAGGUGAGAUACUAGUCAUGAAAGGAUUCUCAUCAGGACCUGGUAGUGUGGAAGAGAAUUUGUGACAUAAGGCUUGCCUGUGCAUGAAAGUUAUUCCAGAAUAAGGUACAGUGUGAAUUCAAAGUGGAAUAGCUGUUCUGAAAUAACUCCGUGUGUGGGUGCUUGUAUUCUGAAAUAAGAGUGCCUUUUUUCUGGCUUAGCUUAAUCCACUUCCAAAGUGCAAAAUAGUUAUUCCAGAAUAACUCCAUGUUUGGACCGGCCCUCUGAGUCAGGAACUGGACAUUUAGGGACAUUUUUUUUUUGAACUGUGUGUGUGUGUGUGUGUGUGUGUGUGUGAGUGCGUGAGUAUGUGCGUGUGUGUUUGGAGAACACACAAUUGGGAAAAUUUAACAAAAUGUUUACAAUAUUUGUGGGCAGAUAAGAAUAAGGAACAACCAAUAUAACCAAUUCCUUCCUGUGCAAUAUGGGAAACCUCUUAGAAUGUACUUAAGUCAAGAACAGAGCUACAAAGUCCAAUUACUGGGGAGCUGAAGUGUAAAUAAAAUUGUCCAGGUCACUGUCA